CAGGGGAGGAAGAAAAGGCUGUGGCCGUGGCUGAGGCUGCGACUGCAGCAUGCAGCUGGGAAAGAAGAGAAGGAAAGGAAGAAGAAGAGAAAGGAAGAAGGGAAGGAGAGGAAGAAGAGAAGGGGCUGCGGCUGCGGCGAUGGCAGCUGCAGUUGGAAGAGAAGAAGGAGAGGAAGAUGAGCAGGGGAGGAAGAAAAGGCUGUGGCCGUGGCGGAGGCUGCGACUGCAGCAUGCAGCUGGGAAAGAAGAGAAGGAAAGGAAGAAGAAGAGAAAGGAAGAAGGGAAGGAGAGGAAGAAGAGAAGGGGCUGCGGCUGCGGCGAUGGCAGCUGCAGUUGGAAGAGAAGAAGGAGAGGAAGAUGAGCAGGGGAGGAAGAAAAGGCCGUGGCCGUGGCUGAGGCUGCGACUGCAGCAUGCAGCUGGGAAAGAAGAGAAGGAAAGGAAGAAGAAGAGAAAGGAAGAAGGGAAGGAGAGGAAGAAGAGAAGGGGCUACGGCUGCGGCGAUGGCAGCUGCAGUUGGAUGAGCAGGGGAGGAAGAAGAGGCUGCGAGUGUGGUGGCUGCGGCCGUGGCUGCGACUCCGGCUGCGGCUGCAACGUUGGCUGCGGUAGCUGCGGCAGCGGUGGUGGCUGCAGUAGCUGCAGUAGCUGCUUUUGGGAAAGAGAAAGAGUAGGAACGAGAGAAGGGAAGAAGGAAAUAGUGCAGUGGAAGGGGGCUGCGGUUGUGACCGCAGUUGCGGUCGUGGCUGCGAUUGUGGCAGCGGCAGCGGCGGCGGCUGUGGCAGCUGCGUUUGGGAAAGAAAAAAAGAAGGAAUGAGAGUAAGAGAGAGCAGGUGACUGUGCCUCGAUGUUCGACACGUGGUGUAGUUGCGAAGAAAGGAAGAAAACGGGAGCACAAAACGAAACAGAGUGAGAGGACACGGAGGAAAAGUAGAAGGAUUUGGGUUGGCACCUUCUUUGGAUCUUCGGAUCGAAAUCAUUGAAAGGUCAGCUUGUCACUCUUCGAGAUGUUUGAUUUGGGCUGAGGCAGUGGAUAGCUAUUCAGAAUAAUGGGCAAGUCUGGUUGGUUAUUACGAUAUUGUUGUAUAAGUAUGUCUUGUAUAUAAUGAAAUGUUGUCGAUGAACCGAAAUAGAUAUACUGUGUCCAAGUGUUAGGAGAUCUCUCUUAUUUGGAAUUUCAGAAUGUUAAGUCUAAUUUAUGGUGAUAUGAACUUGUGGUGAAUAGUUGGAGUUCUGAUUGUAUAAUUUAUUUAGCUUGUGGAUUUAUAAAUGUUGUUCAUGUUUGUCAA